AAGUAUUAUAUAAUACACAUCAGGCCUGUGGCAGAGAAGCAGUCAUGCCUGCGUGAUGUUCUUAAAGAGAAUAACCAGACUGAGUGUUAUAAGUGGCAUUUGUCAUUUAUGGGGUCCCAGCAAACCAAGUUGAGCAGUGUACUGCACAAGAGACAACCCUGAGAAGUGUACAUAUAUAUGUUUAACAUUCUCAUCCAUAAUGCCUGCAGUAGACACUUAUUCCCACACUAGUUCAGCACAAUAACGCUCCUGCUCCAAUGCGCGCUCCCAACGUCACGGGAGCGCGCACUUAACUUGCGGUGGCCAUGGCUGCAGAGAGGACUUUAAAACGCAUCACCGUGCCAUAGAUUAAAUUGAGUUCAUCCUGUUCGGCUUAAACACAGCAGCAUCUCGUCGAUCUGGGCGGAGUGUCGCCGUUCACCGGGAGGAGUCCGGCUUUCACCGGCAUCAAGGUGCUUUCUGACGGUGAUGUAAGCUGUAGGGGAGCUUUUACGAAACCUGCUCUUUCUCGAAGUUGUCUGUCCGUCCUCCUCUCGGCAUGCUAGACAAACAGACUCCGCAAGCACUCGCUGGAUUUGACCGUCAAGAUGAACGUCUUCCUACACUUCCGAAGUUUUUCCAGAGACUACGGGGGCAUCAUGUCGGCUCUGGGCUCGGACUCCUGGUGGAAGAAGACCCUGUACAUCACCGGGGGGGCCCUGCUGGCUGCUGCAGCCUACCUACUGCAUGAGCUGCUCGCCAUCAGGAAGGAGCAGGAGUUGGACUCUAAAGACGCCAUCAUCCUCCAUCAGUUCUCCAGGCCAAAGAAUGGGGUGCCCAGCCUCUCACCCUUCUGCCUCAAAAUAGAGACAUACCUGCGCAUGGUGGACCUGCCCUACCAGAACUACUUUGAUGGGAAGCUGUCGCCGCAGGGUAAGAUGCCCUGGAUGGAGUACAACCACGAGCAGGUUUCAGGGUCCGAGUUCAUCGUGGACUUCCUGGAGGAGAAGCUGGGCGUCAACCUUAACAAGAACCUCACCCCGCAGGAGAGAGCUGUAUCCCGGGCUGUCACUAAAAUGGUGGAGGAACACCUCUACUGGACGAUAGCCUACUGUCAGUGGGUGGACAACCUGGAAGAAACUCAGAAGCUUCUGGCGAUGAGCGGCCCUCUGAGCGGCACUCUGAAGUGGCUGCUGGGCCACCUGAACGGCAGCAUGGUGCGCAGGGAGAUGUACGGCCACGGCAUCGGACGCUUCUCUAAGGAAGAGGUCUACGCGCUGAUGGAGAAGGACAUGAGGACGCUGGCCACACUGCUCGGGGAUAAGAAGUACUUUAUGGGCUCUAAGAUGUCGACAUUAGAUGCUACAGUGUUUGGUCAUCUAGCCCAGGCUAUGUGGACUUUGCCUGGGACACGACCAGAACAACUCAUCAAAGGAGAGUUGAUCAACCUGGCCAUGUUCUGCGAGCGGAUGCGGAGGAGGUUCUGGCCCGAGUGGUUUGUGGAGGUGGAGGAUCUUUACUAUGACGGAGACAGCGAGAGCAGUGGCGGCUCCCCUACAGGCCUGCUGGACUUUGGCCUCUUCUCCAGGACUGACACUCUGGACGACAGCGACGCCAGCACUAACUCAGCCGGACACACGCACACACACUCCCCCGACUCCGACCACUCGCUCUUUGACUCGGACGUGGGCACGGGUUCUGACAAUGAUAUUCAACUCAAGGAGGAAAAAAUGCCCGACCUGGAGGUUUGACCUGAGGAUGGCCGUGAUUGGCGGACAGAUUGAGACUGACAGGAGUCGGGAAAAGUCGUGUUGGUUAGCUUGAUAAAUCUGGCAGUCUGGACAGGUUGCCAGACAGCAGCUCUCACAGCUGAAGAAACUAUUCCAGCUCCUCCACUUCCAAUACCCCAAAUGAUAUACCCUCCUGAUGGACAGACUGGGUAUUAAUAUGCAGAGCAUACAAACUGAACCUUCUAAUACACAUGCUACUGUACCGUUUGUCUCUCUCCUGUAAUGUCAGAGCUGUCCCUGUGGCGGCUUCUCUUUGCCUUAUUUGUCUCGUCCCAAGAUGCAGAAGCUGGUGCUGUGAAAGGUUAACACAGAGGAAAUGUCUCAUCUCAUGAAAAGUGCGGAGAUUACAGAAGAGUGUUGUAGACAAGACAGGUGGCACUUCACUUGCUAUGAAACGAUGCAACUAAUCACCACUCCGCCAUGUGUCUUAACGCACAAACCCCUUCGAACAGGUGGAGAUUGAUCAUGUGGCUAAAAGGAACAGCUGCCGUGUCUCGGCUGUUAACCAGCCGUGUGCUGGAGAGGAAACACAGAUGACACUGAGUGCCAGUCCAGAUUGAUCCUCACGUCAUUUCCUUUAUGCUACUGCAUGUGGGAAGAAUUGGUAUCAAAACAUGAUCUACUGUAUUGUAUGUCUCCAUCAGACCACAACCCUACAUGUACUUGUAGUGCUAUUGAAUGGAAGUCAGAGGGCAAGACGAGCAGAUUUGUGCCUGUUUUAUUUAUCAUUUAUCAUCCUUAUUUCUCUCCAAUUUAGUAAUUAUUUGCUUGCACUUCGUUAUCGGUGAAGUUGGAGCUUCCAUUCAUUCAUUUUAACAUCUCUUGGGUGGAAGUAAAGAGCUGUAAUUUGUAUAUUUGACCACUAGAUGGAGACAGCAGUCAGCCUGAUGUCUCCUUUAUUCUGUAACAUCAAGGUCAUUCCACUGUGAUGACCUGCAGUCCAUUUUAAUUAUUUGUCCUUCAGUCCUAAACUUUAAUAUUGUGGUUCCCAUUCAUAGGUAACCUGUCGGUGUGUUUGUAGGUGUAAUGUGCGUAUGCAAGCAUACGUGCAUACUGCAACAAAUCAGCCUUAGUUCUCUCAGACUAAAGUGGGUGGAAAUAGUCUGCAACAGUUUUUGUUGUGAUAUAAUUUGUUAUCAGUGCCACUUUAUUAUUCUUUCUAUAUGAUCUGAUAUGUCAAAUAUAUAUUUUUUGUUAAUCUUUGUUUUCUUAUUGCUCUCAAAGAGAGAAGUUAUUUUGCACUAGUGGAAAUUUAUUUUCACCUUAUUUCAAUGGGAGCAGUCUGCUAUGGUGGUAGAGAACCGUAUAGGCCAAACGAAUGGGAAAUAUAAUUGUAUGUAACAGUAGUAUAGGACGCUGAGUGUUCUGGUACUGAUUGUGCUGCAAGGGGACUGUGCUGCUUAUGCUGGCUGUGUGUAUGUGAAUAUUACUGCGCGUGAAUGUCAUCAAUGAAGCAGUUGAUGAAAACGCCUUUGCAGAGACAGUCAGGAUACCAAAUCAGCAGAAGUAAACGUGGCUAGUUUAAAAACCAUGGGUUUAAAAUGGACCAAAAUGUCUUGGGAAGUGUUUUGUCUGUCACGUUAAGCAUGGUGGAAAUGCUCAUAAUGGCAAUACGAUCGCUGUAAAAAAGAUUGUGGUGCAUAUAGAGUAGAUGUGACUUGUUAAAGGGUCAGUUAACCAAAAAAAAAAAAAAAAACAGUUUCUCAGUUUCAUCUACUUGUAUUGAGCCAUACUAAUAGUUUUUGUCUCUGGGUUUUGAGAUAUAUGUGUCUGUAAGAUUUCUGCUUCUGCCUCAAUACAAUAAAGGGAGCAAGAAUUUUGUGUGUGGUCCUCAUAGUACUGAAAACAGACAAAAUUCAACAGCAACAUCUGAGUCCAACUCCUGUUACUUUGGAUAAUCCCCAGAACAGUCAUCUGUUUUCACAAGGGCUAUUUCCUUGGUAAAACAAAGUCAGUCAAAACUGGAACGUCACUUUUUCAAAAAAGUCAAGUUCAAGCAAAUGAUAACUAACAUGUAAACCGUUCAGAUGAAAUUGUAGCACAAUCCUAAACCGCCUUGUAAAAUUGAUGUUCUUUUUUUGCUUGCCUUUAUUAGAUAGGAACUGCUGAAGAUAUACAGGAAAGUGGGGACAGAGAGAGAGGGGGGCCGCUCUGGUACGGACUCAUCCUUUUGUACAUGGGCCCCUUAAAUUGACGUUCUGUUUAUUUGUGGCGCCUCGGAGGACGUCCGUUACAAACAAAAAUACAACUUUUUUCCCUUUUUCAAAUGGUUAGAACUGUUUGAAUUUGGAAUAUCAAGCCAUAGUUCUCAGCCAGGGGCCUCCUUUCUAAAAUGUUCUUAGAUUUAUACUUAAACUUAGUCUUAAGAUAGUUUCUGACACACUAAGGCCCAUUUGUAACUUACGUACCUGUGAUCUAUGAAUCUCAAACUAAGUUAAAAUUGAUGGCACCUGAAUUACAAUCAGCCGUUUCCCUUUACAUAAUGCUAGUACAAAUGAGGGUUAGUCAGGAAUAGCCAUGGUAACUUGUUUCCAAUUUGACACACCAUUUAUAGAACAUCGCAUCCUGUUUUAAAUUCAAAACACCUUGCGUCUGGCAAUUAAUUCCUCACACCUUUAAUUAGUAAUUCCUAGCACAUUCCUAUCAUAAAGCUAAUAGUAAAGUGAAGUUCACCACAGGAAGGAAAUUCACUUACAUCAAGUCUAGACUUUGCUUAGAGAUGAGAUCAUUUCUACAUCACAGUAAGCUUUCAUAAAUAAUGCGCAAGUCAUACUUAAGAGCAAAAUUGAUUGCAAGUCCAUUUUAUAAGUCUGUGGACCUCUAUGUUUCUGGACUAUUUUGAAGGAUUUAAAGCUGCUUUAAUCAGUAUUUUUAUAUUAACAAAAAAUCAAAUGACAAUGUGUAGUGUGAAAGCAGUCACUAGUAGCUUUCAUGUUUUUGGUUUUACGGCCCACACUCUCUUAAUAUUCUUAUCACCGUCAAUUACUAUGGCCACUAGAGGUCACUGCCUGACAAUAAAUGUAAAUACGGGUCGUAAGCCGCUUGCACAAUCGACCUAUACAGCAUGUUUUCUGGCAAGGGCAGGCUGACUUUACCAUACCAACUUCAAAGGCAUCUUGUUUUUGCAGCUUCUAAAAAAAGUGCUUAAAAAAAUCAGUUAAUGCAGCUUUAAGUGUCAUUCCUCAAUACUGUGGGCACCACAAACAAAAUCAUAUUUACCUUCAUUGUAUUGGAGUGGAGGGAGAAAUCUUGGAGACUAAUAUGGACACCUGGACACACAAAAUUAUCUGCUUGGACCACAUCUUGGGGUAAUUGAGAAGAUAUGUUUUUUUUUCCAUCUUUGGUAAAGUGACACUUCAAAUGAUAUGCCUAGACAGAUAUGUGAGUUGGUAACAGAAGGCUAAUGUUUGAUCCAGACUCUGGGACUCUAGAGACAACCUUCUUCCAUCAUGUCAUCCUGUGGUUCGCGUCGCCUCAUCCAGGCUGGGCAUCAUAUACAGUUGGACUGCUUUAAUCAAGCCAUAUUAAAACUAAAUGUCUUGUUAUUGGAACCAUGUCAUAGCAUUACUGUUGGGGUAAUGUAUGUAAAUAUUGUAUGUGUGACAAAGUGUACUAUACUGUAUGUGGAGCUGACUGAUCAAACUACCUAUGGAUGUGCAGUCAUAAACUGGAGCGACUGGAUCAUUUCAAUAAAGAAUAGCUGUGACAAUUUUAAA